AUGGCAAGAAACACUUAUGCUGAAAAUACUACUGAUACUACCAAUAUUGGCAGUACCUGCGCUGUUCCAGCCCCAGUUGUACUACCAUAUGCCAGGUGUUGGCAAGAGCGUAUUUUCUCACUGCUAGAUGUCCAUGGUGUUGCACAUGUACUGUUGCAUCCACAACCUAGUGCAGACACUGAUAAUAAAAUAGUGAAAUCAUGGCAAUAUGCCAACAAGGUAUGCUGUCAUACCAUAUUGCAAACUAUUUCUAAUAAACUGUUUGACGUGUAUUGCAGUUAUAAGGAAGCAAAAGCCAUCUGGGAAGCCUUAAUUAAAAUAUUCACUACUGAAGAUGCUACAAAACAAAAAAUUGUAGUAGGAGAGAUGAGAGAUGAUAAAGAGAUGAACGUAAAAAUCAACGAAUAUCAAAAAUUGUUAGAAGACUUGAAGGCCGAGGGGAUGUCAUUACCAGAAAAGUUUGCUGCUGGAGUUCUAAUUGAGAAGUUGUCUAACUCAUUGAGUGACUACAAAAAUAACUUAAAGCACAAACAGAAAAAUUUUGCCAUUGAGGAAUUUGUGACCCACAUCCUAAUUGAAGAUUCCAAUAGAAAAAAAUCUGCCAAAGCUAGGAUGACAGCUCUUAAAGCAAAUUUAGUGCAAAGUAGCAACAACAACCGCAAAAGGUACCAGAAUAGGUCUCAAGGUUACAAGCCUAAAAAUCCUAACCUUAAAAGAAAAAAAGGCUCUUGUUUUGUUUGUGAAAAACUAGGCCAUCAUGCCUCACAGAGCAGGUACAGAGCAGGAAAUGACAAAGGAAAAACUAAUACUCCUAAAGCUAACUUAGCUGAAGGAAGUGAUAUUAUUGCAGGUGUCAUUUUCCAAGUAAAUAUUGUUGCACAUGCAAAAGAAUGGGUGGUAGACUUUGGGGCUACUCGGCAUAUUUGUGCAAAUCAAGAAGUAUUUUCCUCUUAUACUCCUGUAGAGGAUGAUAGAGAAGAGGUCUACCGUGGAGACUCAAGUACUACCAAAGUCUUGGGUAAGGGUAAAGUUCUCCUAAAACUCACUUCGGAAAAAACUUUAGUCCUUGUUGAUGUACUGCAUGUUCCAACUAUGAGGGCAAACUUGAUCUUUAAUCCUUGUUGGGAAGAGCCGGAGUGA